AUGUUCAAUUCAAUUUCAGUAUUUAUCAAAGUAUAUUAAAUUUUAAUAAUUCGUUUAAUCGAAUACAAAAUGGUUAGAUUUCUUAAAUUUUAGGUCUCACUCUCUUCUCAUUCUUUAAUAAACUGUUUUUGUUCUCUAAUUUACUAAAGAAUGACACUUCAUCAUAUUUAGUUUUUUAUUUUGAAAUCAUUAAAUACAAAAUUUUACCCUAUUUAUUUUUUGAUGUUUCGAUACUAUUUAGUAAUAGUUCGAAAAGUCUAAAUAGUCGACCUAAGAAUAAGAAAUUAUUUCAGUAAUCAUAAUCAUUUAAGGAUAGCAUCAAAACUUUAGAGUUAGCUGUAAUAUAUAAAGAUACUUAUCUCAACUGUUUUAAUAUAGGCUCUUAAUAUUUAGGGCUUUUAGGCAUUUCUGCUUAUUCAAUAGCUUCCAAAGUAAUUAAUAGUAUUAGAUUUUCAAGUUUAACGAAACAGAGGCAGUAGGUCAAAUUAAAUUGUAAAAUAAUUUGGGCUCAGACUUAUACCAUGAGAGGAAUACGAUGAGUUCGAAAUUUAGAUAUUGUAAUCCUUAAAAUUUCAGUUGUAUUAUAUAAUAAUCUGAUUAUUUGGUAGCAAUUGGUGUUUCCAUAGAUGAGAGCAUUUUAAGUCUCAUUAUGUUUAUUUUGAUGGGUAAAUUAGUUGUUGUAUCAUUGAAUUAGAUUUCGAGAUAUGUAAACAUCGUAGAUUGUUCUAGCAUUUGCUAUUUUCAAUUUUAAUAGGAUUAGAGCAACAUUUUUACGGAUAGGGUACAAUCUGUCACUUAGUUGAUAACAAUGAGAUAUCAAUGGCAUAAAAUCAAUUUAAUUUAGAUAAAUUAGAGAAGGAUGAUACAGAAGGGAUCCAGUAAAAUUCGGGAAAUAUAAAAAAAAAUAUAUAAAAGAAGAGACUUAAUAAGGUUAAAUUAAUUAGCAUGAAUUGUUUGUCUUGA